AUGGUCUCUUUCCGGGGGAAGAAGAAGGGGCAACUGCCCAAGGUGCCGUCGCGAUUGUCUGUGCGAAAACAAAAUAACAAGCCUUGGCGUGGUCAGCCGCAACGGAAAUCGGAACAACGGGACACAAGGGCGAGGCUGCGGGAGAUGGCACGCGAGAAACUUAGCGGAAACGAAAAAGCGAGCGCGAUUGCCGGAGAGCCCCUAUCUCACAAGAAUGUGAUGAGCUACCAAAAAGUUGUUGGAUGGAAACGGCUGUACCACGCCACCUCGAAGGAACGUGCUGGGAAGAUUGUUCUUCAGCAACGGCUUAUUGCAGGAGAGGAGGGAUCGCUGGGAGGGAACAUUUAUCUCUCGGAAAGUGCCGAAGAGGCCAGGCGGAGGCAGAGGGCAGUGGGGGACCACUCCAAGGCUGAAGUUCUGGAGGUCACUGUGCGGCUUGGGUGGGUUGCCGAAGUUGAAACGGAUACGGUAGUCACCUCUCAGUGGCUGAAAAGAUUGGGCUGCAAUUCUGCCAAGGAGUACGGUGUAGAUGUCUUUUGCAUUCCCGACGAAAGUGGGGAGUCCGGCGUCAAGAAUAUACGGUUUGCUCCGGAAUACAACGACGAUCUGAAAAACCGGCGAUCAAGCUAUUACAGUGAAGGGCGCACGUCGCUUUGUUCCCGUUUUUCCAGUCGUUCGUGGUAUUGA